AUGUUGGGCAAUCACUUCGAGAUGAGAUCAAGGGGCGAUGACGAUGGGUAUGACUGGGAGCACCAUGGACCGCACGUUGUGCGCAAGAUUAAGUCCAAGGUCGAGGCCGCCUUGCGGGUGCGUGCGCGCGCCAUGGCCGACGCCAGCAGCACCCGCGUGCGCUUCAGCGUCGUGUCCUUCUCGCCCAAGGGGACCUGCCCCGAGCUCGGCGACUGGAGGGUGGACGGCGCCCCGGCGAUGUCUGGCCGCCUGUGCGGCGGGCGCCUGCAGUCCGAGCCGGACUUCUACUGGGUGGGCCGCCGGGCGGACGUGGAGCUCGGGCGCGGCGGCCGCGUGGAGUACAAGUUCGUGGAGGUUGAUGGAGAGGGCACCAGGUGGGAGCAGCUGGGCGACGGCGGCAACCGGGUGCUGCAGCUCGACGAGAGGCCCCCGCCCGACGGGGCCGCGGGGCCGCUGCUGCUGCCCGUGGAGCGCUUCGCGGGCGGCUCCGAGAGCGACCACACCGGGCGCUUCUACUCGGGCGUCAAGGAUCGGGGCGCCAGGAGAUCUCUGUACGGAAGGUGCUCGGGCAGAUUUUCCUUGGCUCGUGCCCCCGGAAGCGGAGCCACAUCGAUUACCUGA